AUGGGCUUCGUUCAGCGGAUCACAAAACGGCUGCCCAGCGCGCCGAGCCUGCCCUUGGACGAUCCGCACGAAAAAAGUCACAAGCUUCCCAAAUUCGCCUUCUUUCGGCGGAGGAUUCGGUUGAAGGGCAACUCCUCUAUUUCUAUACCCCUGGGAUUUGUUUUACUAUUUCCAUGCCUUGUAAUUCUCCUGAUUCUGCUUCUUUUCGUCCGACACCCUUCGUCCCCCGGAGGGAUCCUAAUUCCAGCGGGCACUCCGCCCUCUAUUCGAAAAAUCAACGAAAAAUAUGACAAAGUCUUCGCCACUGGCUGUAUGCCCAUUGACCCCGAGGGUCCCAAAGACGAACCGCGAGCCAACGCCGCAUUUGUCGUUCUCGCGAGAAACAAAGAAUUGGACGGGGUGAUCCAGUCGCUCAAGUCCAUUGAGAGACAUUUCAACCGGUGGUUCCACUACCCUUACGUGUUCCUAAACGACGGCGACUUCGACGAAGAAUUUCAAGCAACCGUGAAGAACUACACCAGUUCUCCUGUCGAGUUUGGAAAGAUUGACAGUUCCAUGUGGGGUUUCCCCGACUGGGUCGAUCACGAGGUUGCCAAGGAGGGCAUCAAGAAGCAGGGUGAUGCCGCCAUCAUGUACGGUGGGAUGGAAAGCUAUCACCACAUGUGCCGGUUCUACUCAGGCUUCUUCUACAAGCACCCUCUUCUGAUGAAGUAUGAAUGGUACUGGCGCCUGGAGCCUGAAAUCAAGUACUUCUGCGACAUCACUUAUGAUCCAUUCAUGAAAAUGAUUGAAGCGAACAAGACAUACGGCUUCACCAUCGCAGUCAAGGAACUUCGAGAAACUGUUCCCAACAUCUUCCGCUAUGCAUCAGCCUACAAGCGCAAGAAUGGACUUGAAUCGAGGGGUCUCUGGGAGAUGUUCCUGGAACGGCCCGAGGAAUCGGAGACUCCGGCUGGGGAGAAGAAGCAAAACAAGCUGCCCGUGGAGAUUAUGGAUGCCGAUCCCACGGACAACAACCUUGGGGAGAUUGAUCCCGAGGCCAUGGAGGGUGAAUCCUACAACAUGUGCCACUUCUGGAGCAAUUUCGAGAUUGCGCGCCUGGAUUGGUUCCGCAGCAAGGAGUAUGAGGACUUCUUCAACACGAUGGAUAGAAGCGGUGGUUUCUGGAAUGAGCGGUGGGGUGAUGCGCCGAUCCAUUCACUUGCUGCCGGUGCCCUUCUCUCGCCCAGUGAUAUUCACUACUUCCGUGAUUUUGGCUACCGACACACCACCAUUCAACAUUGCCCAGCCAACGCUCCCGCCCGACAACUACCGCGUAUCCCUUACCUCGAAAGGACCACCGAAGACGAAAAGAAACGGAUCGAGGAAGACGAGUACUGGGCCUCUCCGGACCCGGUCAAGGAGAACGGCGUCGGCUGCAGAUGCCGAUGUGAUACUGACAUCGUGGAUGUCGAAGGCAAACAAGGUAGCUGUCUUGCCGACUGGGUCGAGGUGGCGGGCGGCUGGUCUUCGCCGUAA